UGCAAUGCUCCUGAUGAAAGAGAGAAAUGAAAGGUUUCUUCCUCAUUUGGGACGUGAGUCACCUCACACUUCAGUGGCAUGUAGGAAUCGCCCUCUAUGUUCUCUUCAGAUGGUGUCAUGGAGGUAUUACAACUAUAAACUGCUCUGGUAACAUGUGGGUAGAGCCUGGUGAAAUUUUUCAGAUGGGGAUGAAUGUUUCUAUAUAUUGCCAAGAAGCCCUUAAGAACUGCCAACCAAGGAAGCUUAAUUUUUAUAAAAAUGGCUUCAAAGAAACAUCCCAUAUCACCAGGAUUAAUAGAACAACAGCUCAACUUUGGUAUAAAGGCUUUUGGGAACCUCAUGCCUCUAUGCAUUGCACUGCUGAAUGUCCUGGACAUUUUCAAGAGACACUUAUUUGUGGAAAAGACAUUUUCUCUGGAUAUCCACCGGAUGCCCCCAGUGAAGUGACAUGUGCCAUUUAUGAAUACUCAGACAACAUGACUUGUACCUGGGACGCUGGGAAGCCCACCUACAUAGAUACCAAGUAUGUGGUGCACGUGAAGAGUUUAGAGACAGAAGAAGAACAACAAUAUCUUGCCUCAAGCUAUGCUACCAUCUCCACUGACUCAUUACAAGGUGGAAAGAAGUAUUUGGUAUGGGUCCAAGCUGUCAAUGCCCUAGGCAUGGAGGACUCACCACGACUACAAAUCCAUCUGGAUGAUAUAGUAAUACCUUCUGCAUCCAUCAUUUCCAGAGCUGAGACUAUAAAUGCUACUGUGCCCAAGACCAUAAUUUACUGGGAUAGCAAAACUAUGAUUGGAAAUGUAUUCUGUGAAAUGAGACACAAAGCAACAACAAACCAAACGUGGAAUGUUAAGGAAUUUGACACCAACUUCACAAAUGUGCAGCAAUCAGAAUUCUACCUGGAGCCAGACAGUGAGUAUGUAUUUCAAGUGAGAUGCCGAGGACGAGGUAGAAGAAGCUGGCAGCCCUGGAGUUCACCCUUUGUUCACAAAACUCCCCAAACAGUACCCCAGGUCACAUCAAGAUCGUCCCAAGAAUCUCAGAAGAUUGAGAUGCUCACUGCUACAGUCAUUAAAGGACAUUCUAUUUUUGAUAAUAGUCAAGACACUGGAUUUUUGUCGGGAAUGGUCUUCUUGGGCAUCUUGUUGCCGAUUUUCUCUCUGAUUGGGAUAUUUAACAGAUCACUUCGAAUAGGAAUUAAAAGAAAAGUCUUACUGGUGAUCCCAAAGUGGCUUCAUGAAGAUAUUCCUAAUAUGGAAAAUAGUAAUGUUGCAAAAUUGCUACAGGAACAAAGUGUACAUGAGGAUAAUACUGUCAGUGAGCAGGACCUGUAUGUGGAUCCUGUGAUUACAGAGGUAAGUGAAACCACUCACCUGGAACACAAGCCUACAGGUUACAAUGAAGAAAAGCUCGUGGGCCUCCUGGAGACCAGAGACUGUCCGCUAACAAUGCUGUCUACCAGCUCUUCUGUUGUGUAUAUUCCUGAUCUCAACACUGGCUACAAACCCCAGAUUUCAAAUGUUUCCCCUGAGGAAAACCAUUUUAUUACCAGAGAUGAGGAGUCUACAACUCUUGAGGCCACAGGUGACUGCUUUGCCAGACUGAAAAUAUACCCCAACUUUGCAUUUUCUUCUUCAAGUACAACUUUACUAAGCAAAACACUAAUUCUUGAUGAAUUGAACCUCGUUUUAAAUCAAGAUGCGUUCAAUCCUCUUGAAAUACAGAACUCAAGACAGGAGGAAACCACCAUGAUUUUGGAAAGUGGCUCACCCAGUGAAACUAUCCCAGAGCAGACCCUGCUUUCUGAUGAAUUUGUCUCCUGCUUGACAAUCGGGAGUGAGGACUUGCCAUCUGUUAAUUCUUACUUUCCACAGAACAUUUUGGAAAACCAAUUCAGUGGGAUUUCACUCUUCAAAAGUAGACUAUCCCGUCAAAGUCAGUGA